AUGGCUGAAGAGGCAAGCAAGCCUUUGCUGAACAAGGGGUCCAGACCCUCUUCGCGUCCGUCCUCACCGACCGACAAAAGACAAUCCUCCGACUCGAGUCCUGCACCUCCAUUCGAAUUAUCUUCCGAGUCCACCCCUUUACUCUUCAGCCGGGAAGAGGACUUGGCAACAUAUGGGGGCGUUACACCCAGACGAGCUUCGGCAGCUUCAGAAGGCUUUCUUUCCGCCAAUGAUUUAAAGAAACCACGAGGAAGAGUACGAUGGCCAAUAUUCUGCGUCUUGCUAUCUCUGCUUGCGAUUAUAACAAUUCUAAUAUUCGCCUUUCUUGCGCCUGCUGUAGUGAAACAGUAUGCAGUGGAUGCCGCCGUGUUCAAGCCAACUAAUAUUUCAGUUGAGUCGGCUACGGCAGAUGGAAUUCAGGCGAGGAUACAGGGAGACCUCGUUCUUGAUGCGGGUCGCAUAAAGAAAGCACCGGUGCGGAAUCUUGGUCGCUUUGUCACAUGGAUUGGUAGGGAAGCCGAGACAGGCCAGUCGGAAGUCGAAGUGUAUCUUCCAGAGUACGGCAACGUACUCGUUGGAACGGCAUCUCUACCUUCCAUCAAAGUCAACAUACAGAAUGGCCACAUCAAUCAUGUUAACGUCUUGGCGGACCUAGUCGCUGGCGACAUCCCUGGUAUCCGCGCGGUAGCAGUAGACUGGUUAGAAGGGAGACUUGGCCGUUUACGAGUGCAGGGGAAAGCAACAGUGCCACUCAAAUCUGGCAUUCUGAGUCUGGGCGAACAGACGAUAACCGACUCUAUAACCUUCCAUGAGGGUGAUUUCCCAACCCUCCCUAAAGUCAAUGUUACAAUGUUCAAUGUGCACGAUAUAGAUACGCCCGGACAUGAGGGGGCUAUGGCAGUAGAUGCCUCCGUGGCUGCUUUUGUCGAUUCGCCCUUUGGCCUGAGGAUCCCUCCACUCGGGUUUGAGGUGCUCGUACCCAACUGCUCGCCAGGCGACCCAUACAUCUCAAUAGCGGACGUCACAACAAAAGGAUUCCCGAUCUAUCCUGGGCAGCCCACGUCUGUCGACGUUGCUGGAAUUGUCCAGGACCUUUCUGAUGAUCUAACGAAGGCUUGCCCUGGAAAGAAAAAAUCUCCCUUAGAUUUUCUAAUGAAGAGUUAUAUGGAAGGUCUUCAGACUACAGUUUAUGUUCGUGGAGCGGACGUUCCGUCUCUGGGAACGCCUGAGUGGGUGGUAGACAUUCUCAAAACUGUGACAGUUCCCUUGGCUUUUACAGGACAUGCUCUGGACAAUCUCGUCAAAAACUUCACGAUGACAGAUGUGCAUUUCGACAUGCCUAAUCCUCUUGCAGAUCCUGAUACGCCCGAGUCUCAACCUAGGGUAUCAGCCUUAGUGAAAGUCUUGAUUGCAUUGCCUAAGCAGCUAAACCUUCUUCACCUGGAUGUACCUCGUGUUCGUGCCAACUCUGACAUCUUUUAUCAUGGGAAGAAGCUCGGUGUUUUGAAUUUACAAGAAUGGCAACCAGCUAAUUCCACUCUUCUGGAAAAUGUCGAUGGAGCUCCAGCUCUGCUCGUUGAGUUUUCCAUGAAGCAUACGCCACUUCAGGUGACUGAUGGGGAUGUUUUGACAGAUAUUCUACAAGCCUUGCUCUUUGAAGGACAGCCUGUGAGACUGACUGUUGCUGCAAAUGUGGAUGCAGAAGUCUCUACAGGGAUUGGAACCUAUGCUGUUCGUGGAAUACCAGCCGAGGGUGCUGUGAACGUCAAGCCACCGUACGGUGACUCACUCGAACGACUGAGUCCACGGGUUGAAUCGAUAGCACUCGGACCUACAACUGAAUCGUCACUCGUGAUGAAAGCCAAAAUUAACAUAACGAAUCCGUCACCAUACUCCGCUUCGGUGCCUUUUAUUGAUUUAAUUCUUGUCUACAAUAAGACCAGAGUGGCCCACGUAACUGCUCGAGACCUUGUGAUUGUGCCCGGGGUAAAUUCAGGUAUCCAUGCCGACCUACAAUGGAAUCCACUCGAAUUAGAUGGCUCGGCUGGUAUUACUGCUGGUCAAGAGAUGCUAUCCCGAUAUGUUUCCGGGUAUAACACAUCCGUAACAAUUCGCAGUCAUGAGGGAACAUUCCCGGCUCUACCAGAACUUGGACAGGCGCUCUCCAGGCUAGGACUUGAAGUCCCAAUCCCGAGGGUGCCUGUCCCUGGAAACCCUAGUGAUGAAGAUGGAAAGCCAAAGUUUAUCCAGGAUACAACGCUACACCUAUGGUCAUCAACGGCGGAGUUCACAUUGUCCUCCCCAUUUCCUAAUACGACCAUAGAGAUCACGUCGGUAGAAGCCAAUGCCUUCUAUCAGAAGCAUGAAGAGGUUGGUAGUAUCAAUUACCACAUUCCGUUCCCGGUGCCACCGGGACUCUCCACCACCCCGCGGUUACCUGUUGAUUUAAAUCUGAGUGGGAUAGGAUAUGAGGCUUUGAAGAAAGCUCUUGGCGGUACACUCAAGUUGGAUGCUGUAGCAAAGGUUGGCGUGCUAAUUCGACACUAUCGCACGACCAUAACGUACUAUGGCCAGGGGAUCACCGCAAGGGUGAAGAUUUAG